AUGACGGAUCCAAAUGAAGAUGUCAAGUCCAAGGUAGUCCGUAGAGCAUGUAAGAAUCUGCAGCUCAGAGUGAAUGGUGAGGACGGGAGAUGUAAAGCUGGACAUGGAAAUAGUGGAGGGCACUCAAGGGAAAGGAUAAAUAGAGAAAAGAUGAAUCAUUGGACUAAAACCAGAGGCACUCCAAAAUUUAAAGGCCAGGGAGAGAAAGAGGUGGCUGACAAAGGAACAGACAAGGCAAGCCAGUGGGUAAUAUACAGCUCCUCAGAUGCAGAAGAGAAGAAAGUUGGGAGUAGUAUUCAACUAAAGUUGAGGUUUUUCCAGAUGUUGGCAAGACUCGUUCUGGGACUUGUCAUCUUCAAUGCUGCUGGGACUGCUCCAACUCUGGAACCCAUCAACUAUGACUCAGAAACAUACGAUGCCACUUUGGAGGACCUGGAUAAUUUAUACAACUAUGAAAACAUACCUAUUGGUCAAGCUGAGAUUGAAAUAGCCACAGUGAUGCCUUCUGGGAACAGAGAGCUCCUUACCCCACCCCCACCGCCAGAGGAAGCUGAAGAAGAGGAGGAGGAGGAGUCCACCCCCAGACUGAUCGAUGGCUCUUCUCCACAGGAGCCUGAAUUCACCGGGGUUCUGGGCCCACACACCAACGAAGACUUUCCAACCUGCCUUCUGUGUACGUGUAUAAGUACCACUGUAUACUGUGAUGACCAUGAACUUGAUGCUAUUCCUGCGCUACCCAAGAACACUGCUUAUUUCUAUUCCCGCUUCAACAGAAUUAAAAAGAUCCACAAAAAUGAUUUUGCAAGCCUAAAUGAUUUAAGAAGGAUCGAUCUGACAUCAAAUCUAAUAUCUGAGAUUGAUGAGGAUGCAUUCAGAAAGCUGCCUCACCUCCGGGAGCUUGUCCUGCGUGACAAUAAAAUAAGGCAGCUUCCCGAACUGCCAAAUACUUUGACAUUUAUCGAUAUCAGCAACAAUAGGCUGGGAAAGAAAGGAAUAAAGCAAGAAGCAUUUAAAGAUAUGUAUGAUCUCCAUCACCUCUACCUCACGGAUAACAAUUUGGACCACAUCCCUCUGCCACUCCCAGAAAAUCUACGGGCCCUUCACCUUCAGAAUAACAACAUUUUGGAGAUGCAUGAAGAUACUUUCUGCAAUGUUAAAAAUUUGACUUAUAUUCGUAAGGCGCUAGAGGACAUUCGAUUGGAUGGAAACCCUAUCAAUCUCAGCAAAACUCCUCAAGCGUAUAUGUGCCUACCUCGUUUGCCUAUUGGAAGUCUUGUCUAA